AUGUCGAUUCAUCAGCCGAGUACUGCGCACACACGCACGAGAUCCCUACGUGUGCCGCCCAAACCUGCCUUGACCGCUACCGCCACAUCCUCUCAAAAUCUCGUUUUCAACGGCUCUUCCACACAGAUUCCGAGCACAACUUCCCAUGUUUCCCUGUUCUUGACGAACCUGCGUCUUAUCGACCUCGAUCUCGAUCCAGGUUGGCCAGAUAUCACCCCAGCAACAUUCUCGGUGAAAGAUGCUGCGGGUGGACAGAAGAAGCGCAUUCAGUGCGUCGAGUGGGCGCUUUACCACUUGUUCGAGCUAUGGGAUGCCGAGGAAGCGCACAAUAAAUUGAAGCCCUUCUACCCGCCUCUCGACCAGGUACAGUCCAUCAACCUACGUGCCGCCCUUCUCCGUGGACUCGAGCAUGCGAAACGGCACGGAGUCCUGGGACGGGACGCCGUUGUACGGAAGACCAUGCUAGAUGAGUGCAAAGGCGAGCGACUGGAAGAGGUUCUAGCGGUGUUUUCCUCAGCUGUGCUGAAAAAGCUGGUAGCGGAGCGAGCUCUAAAUGCUGGCCUCGAAUACCGACCUACUACCUCUGAGAAGAUUGCGUUGGAAAACUGGGGCUAUUCGGGCGAUCGAACCGAAUUAAACGGACUCAUCCUCGCGCACAAGGCUUCGCUAAGUGCUGGCCUCAGGAACAAGAAUGUGGCCAGGGAACGCUAUCGGAAAUUCGAGGACCUAUUGGCAUUGAAGGAAAGAAAUUUGGCCAAACGCCAAGAACAAACCAAGGCGGCGGACACCAAAGGCAGAUCUGCUCAGGUGCCAGGCAGGACCAAAGCCGAAGUCCGACAGACCCUGAAGACCAAUUGGACUGGCAAUGAUCAGUGGGUCGAGACUCUACUAUACGACGACACAGGUUCUCGCCGCGGUGGGCUCCUGGGGACACCGUUCGACGAAGUGUGGACUGGGGUACGGCAAGGCAAGUUGUCAGACAUUGAGGACCGAAGUGCUGGACUUUUGGAGCAGCUCAAUCGACGCGUACACCUACAACGGGCCAGACUUGAGAAAUGGGAAGGCUUCAGCAAGAAGUUGUUCGGUCGCAGCUCUUAUGAGGCUGCUGACCCCAAGAAGUCCGAAACCAAACCAAAAGGCAUCGAUCUCGGAUUCACCGCUCACCUCCGUCUACAACCGGCUCCCGAAGACAGAUACAAGUUCAAGUUGCGACCUCCCCCACCGGAGUAUGCUCAACUGCUUGAGUCGAUGAAGGCAGCGCUUGAAGAGACAGGCAAACCGAAAUUGCCGGACUUUUCCAAUUUGAUUGCUGGAAAAGCUGAGCGCCGUAGCAGUCGAGAAUUCGCUGCGCCGGUUAUCGCUAUGGAAACCAUGUCCGAUUUGAGCGAAUGGGAAGACGAACCCGAGGAGCACAAGAAGGCCACCCAACAGUUAGUGACCAAGCCUGCAGCACCCAACCAUGCAAGGGGGCGUAGCACCGAAAUCACUCGAGGCCGAUCGCCCAAGAAAAGGCCGGUAAUGCAACUAGGAACCCGGUACAACAGCAAUAUUACCGACAACUUCCCUAUCGACCUUCCGGGUGAGGGCGGAUGCUCUACAGCGACGUUGCCAACCAGACUCUCCAAACCUCAGCCGCAGGCAGUUCACCAAGAACUUGGUCGGGGUCGCAGCCCGACAGCCGCGGAAGCUCCUGCAACUCCGACUCCUAAUAGCGCUGAAUCACCUGAAUAUAGACCGCUGCGUCAGCCGCGUUCCAAGAAACGAACGGAUUCUGACGAUGUACCCCAGGCCCCGCGGGCAAUUUCCCCAACCCAAGCCAUGGCCGACGAGAUUUUGGCCUUCAUGUCCAAUACCUCGCCCUCGCCCAUGAAGAAAACCCGACACAUACUACCCCUGGCUGAUCGUACGCGCAUGUCCAUGGCCCGCACCAAACCCUUCGACCCCGACGACGACGACGUCAACUCGCAGCUUCUUUCCCCCAGCACAGCCAAAUAUAUGAAGUCCAACACCGCCGCCGAUGUGUCCUCCACGAAACUAGGCGGUGAUGACGAAAAAGACGACUUAGUGGCGCGCACGCGCCGGUCCAUGGCGAAUUUUGAAGCCACACGGCAGAAGGCGCAGUUGGACAGAUCGCGGUCGCAAAGAAAGAGCAAGGCAGCCCCCACCAGAAAGGAAAGCCAUUUUUCCCGAGUGGAAGAAGAGACAACCAUGUUUGGGGAGACGUCAGUCGUGGAGGAGCUGCUAUUGGAUGCGGGUCAGGUGGAUAUGGAGAUGGUUUUCAAAAGUCGGCCCAAGAUGAGGACCAGUCCGGCGCCUAGUCCGGGGAGGAGGUGGGAUGAUGAGUUUAGGGAGGAUGAGAUAAAUGACUAG